AUGAAGCGAGUACAAGAAGAUGAUGAAAAGAAAACAGACAGUGGCGGCUCUCCGUGCGCGCUGCGUCACCACAACGAGGCUCCCACAAAGAAAAAGGCCCGGCUCUCUCCCGACGAGAACGACGCCACAGCACCACCAGCAGCCGUGCUUAACGCUCACGGGGCGGCUUGUACGCUUGUGCUGAGCGAUCUGCCAGACCUCGUGCUCUACCAUCUUGUUCGUCCGAACCUGAUCCACUGGUGGGGAAGGGAGCUGGCGGUGGGCGAUGCGAUUCGGCUGCGGGCCACCAGCUCCUUCUGGGCCGACCAGGUCGUGCGCAACCACCCGCUCGCCCGGUUCGUACUGGUCGAUCUCCUCCCGCGCUUCGCCAGCCUCCUCCCGCCACACCACCAUGACGAAGAAGACCGAAAGAACGAAAGCGAAAGCGAAAGCGAAGACCUCUGCCCAGUGACCAAUGAAGAGGAGGACGAGGAGGAUCUCGAGGCAGAGCUGGCCUGGAUCUUAGCAGACGCCGCCGAAGCCGCCCGGCUCGCUGAUGCAGAAAAGAAGCACCAACCGUGGGGUCGCCUGGGCAAUCCCAUGUUUUACCCCGGUAUUGGCGGUCACGAUGGCUACCAGGGUUUGGGUGUCAGCGGGCGUCGGCUCCAGCUGUCUUCAGAGGAGACGACCGUGUCGAGGAGAGUGGACGAGAGGUGGGAGCUGCUGCAGGCGGUGCGCAUUGCGGCCGACGCGCGCCUCCACGAGCUGCGCCUGCGCUCACGCGACUUCUGGCGCGACGUCGCCUCCUCUGAUGUGAGGCUGCAGCUCAGCGAGACCGAAGCCUUCUCUCUUGCCCAGGAAUGCAACCAUCAUGAGAUUUGCUACAUAUCGGUGUCGUGCACUUAUGACAGUGGUGGUUUGGACGAAUCUGUGAACAUCAUGUCGGGCUCCCUUGAAUUUGAAGCUGGGCCUCGGUUCAACAGUCAGGUGUGGCGCUAUCUGGUGGCAAAGCUGGACGUCAACUGGACACCUUGGCAGUUCCGACCCACCCCUAACACUCUACAUACCUCCAACUAA